AUGUACCGUCCCACAAGACCACCAAGUCUGGAUUUCCAGCUUUUACGCCAGAAAAAGAGAUUAUCGCUACUGGGAAGGCCAUCACCCGCCUAUGGUGAAGCAGCUAGUGCCAGAAGCAGCUUGGUGAGCCCAACUCAGCGAAAUCAUCCGGUGCGCAAUUCAUCGUCCAGUCGACUGCUUCCUGGGCUCGGUCUUCCAGACUACCCCCGGCAACGGUAUACUUACCACGCCUCCGGCGGCUUCCGGACUUCGACCAUAUCUGAAGAUGCUCCCAGCGAAGGGGAACUUGCCUCGGAAAUCUCCGCCGCCAUUCUGAGGGAAACUGAGGAGAACGCUGCGGCGGAACAACCGUCGACAACGCUCAAGAUCUGGGGCGCAGUCGCCAGAUGUCUAGAAGAAAUUACCGUGUCGCUUGGACCGCCGAAUCCAGGUGCGCCGGCGGUAUCUGCACCCCCGAGCAUAGCAUACGCUCCACAGCUAAGAGCUACUCCAUCCAUAAGGAGAAUGUCGAACUCGGUACAAUCGGUGGGAUCGCGAAGGACGUCUUACGAUGUUGGGGCCAGAAACGAUAUUCCGUCCCGGCAUCAGAGGGUGAUGAGCAGCAGUUCCAUCCGAAGCGGCCGACAGGAACGCGAUCUGGAAGCGACGUAUGCGAUGGAUGGGCAGGGCAUGGAGGGAUACUCGUGCCCAUUCCGGGUGCGCAACCCGGUUCGCUUCAACAUCCGUGACCACGAAGUUUGCGCCAUGACUUCUUUCGAAUCACUGGCCGACUUGCGACACCAUGUUAUGUCAUAUCAUAGAAGGCGCGCAAUGCCUCACCAAUGUCAGCGAUGCAAAGUCGGAUUCCCCACGCAGAAAGGGUUGGACGAACACCUGAUGCUGCCCAGGGAUGAAAUGUGUGACACAGUCCCCGCGGAAACACCCCGCAAUCCCGAGGAUGGGAUAUCUGAGGAUGUUGAUAGAACUUUAGCUUCUGGCAAUGGGAUCCGAACCUGGGAUGACUUGUGGCGUCUGGUCUUUCCCCUGGAUGAUCAGAUUCCUAGUUCUGACUUCCAUCCCGUCAUCGAACUAGCCGAAGUCGAGCAGCAAUUUGACGAAGGUCAAGAAGCGCUGAAAUUGCACUUGCAAGAGACACUCCGGCUCUUUCUUCCGGAGGCCAUCGACGACGCCUACCGCAACUUUUUGACCGGUCAACUGGAACUGGUCUUUGAGGCACACAAAGCCAACACCAUCAGAAAGUGUCUCCACCGUAUUCAUGGCAACACCAACAACGACACCACCGGCGGACAAGGCACCUCGCCAGAGGACAAGAGGCGACGAUCCUCAAGCGGCGCUGAGAAUGUCAACCUAGCGCGCCGUUCAACGCGCAGGAACCGCCAAAGCGCCAUAUUCAGUGGUUCUCGUGCUCAAGAAAGGCAGUCAUCAUCAACAUCAGAUGGCCUGUUCUCCCCUUCUCUGCUACCACCGUGGCAGUCAAGACGGGGAAGCAACGGUCUCAGUAAUAUCAGCAACAAUAACAGCAAACCCGCAUCACGACGAAUGUCAGACAGCGCCCGCGGCCGACCAAACCUCACCAGCAAUCCCCCAACCAGCCCCAGACGUCUCUCCCCCCACCCAACGCCCACCCUUUCUGUUUCAGCAACGGUAGCGACCAACGAGUCUGACGACGCAGCUCUCAAGGCACCCACCACACCCGCUUCCUCCUCUGGUUCAGCGCCGCUCAUCCACGUAGCAGCCCAAGGAGGUGGGGUUUCCGACUUAUUCAUCUCGCACGACUCAGGCUGCGCCUGCACUUCCCCCUCCACCUGCCGAUGCAACGAACUCCUAGCCCUUGGCAUCCACCAUAACAGCCACAACAACCAUUAUCACGGACAUCCUCCCGCCCGCCCCAAAACCGCACCAAUCCCUUACCGAGAGCGUAUGGAAGAGCUGUCGGUUCUCAAGCAUCGGUUGCGCCAUCAGCCUGCUCUGCAAGUCAGGACGACAGGCAUCGACUUGACUGGGGGAUUAGAGGGGCGAAGGGCUUGGACGGGUGAUGUCCGGAUGUAUGAUGAAGAGGACACUGACGAUGAUGAGGAUUCGAAUAACGUGUUCUUGAGGCCAAAGACUGGAGAGAGUUUUGAUUUGGCUUUUCGAGGAGCGAUGUCAGCGAGGGAUGUAAGGGAGUCGUACUCGCCGCAGAGCUUCAAAGAGAGGUUGUUGAGUAGAGGGAGCAGUGUUAGGAGGGUGAAGCAGCUGGAAGUUGAAGAUGGUGUUGGCGAGGAGACUCAGGGGCAAGAAAUGGGACUAAACGGCAGUGGCUCCGAGGGGACGUCAAGUCAGAGGGGGAGUUGGAUGGGUUGA